AUGCAGUUUUCGUGGGGGCCUCUUCUUAAGGAUGUGUCGCGCAUUGACAACAAUGGCUUGAACCAAUCAAACAGCUUAGCUCUAAAGAUUCAGCAGCAACUGGCAGAAGGGAAGUAUGAAGAUGCAACACAAACAUGGGGUGAUCUUGAAGGUGUUAUUUUGGAUCACAGUAAUGAUGUGGACUUUUAUAACUUCAUGUUGGAUACUGGAAAUGGCGUUGCUACGUCAACAACAAAGACAUUGAAAGGGGUAGAAAAGUACUUGACAUAUCUCAGCAUCAAGUUUUCAUCAACCAAUGGGGCAUCAGCUGUUGACUUGGAUAGCUUCAUGAAUGGGCCCAUUAGAGAGAAGCUACAGAUUAUCCCACAGAAUUUAACAUGGGGAGAACAGAGUGACAUUGUAUUUUAUGCCAUGGUUGGCGAUUUUAUGAAACCAAGAAUCAAGGAGGUUGAUGAGCUCCUAACCAAAGGUGUAAAUGUGACCAUAUACAAUGGGCAGGUUCCAGUAGAUCAGCCCUGUGUUUCUUUGCAGAUGGUGGGCAGUAUUACUCGAUCACCGAGAACAAAAGAUGGGUCUGAAAAUUGGGGAUAUGUCGAAGUUCGUCCCAAGGCCCACCUGUUUUGGUGGCACUACAGAAGUCCUUACAGAGUUGAAGAUCCAUCCAAUCCAUGGCCAAUAAUUCUUUGGCUCCAAGGGGGUCCUGGAGCUUCUGGAGUUGGAUUUGGAAAUUUCCUUGAAAUUGGACCAUUGGAUAUAAACUUAGAGCCCCGAAAUUCAACUUGGCUCAAGAAAGCUGAUCUGCUAUUUGUGGAUAGCCCAGUUGGAACAGGUUUUAGUUAUGUCGAGGAUGAAAAAUUGGCAGUUAAGACUGAUGACGAGUCAGCAACUGAUUUAACAACCUUGUUGAAGUUUCUGUUCAAUAAUGAUGAGAGCCUCCAGAAAAGCCCUUUGUACAUUUUUGCAGAAUCCUAUGGAGGGAAGUUUGCUGUUACACUUGGGGUGUCAGCUCUUAAGGCAAUUGAAGCAGGGGAAUUAAAACUUCAACUUGGAGGCAAUAAUUUAUUUCUUCUAUCUAGAUACACUUACGCACUGUUUCAUUAG